CGGCUGUCGGAAUGUGACUCUCCGCCACGGGGACUGCAAGCGAAAUUGGUCCGACUAUCCUUGCUUUGGGGUAUAACCUAGCAACUGGACUCCAAUUCGUGGAUCCCUGAAUCCCUCUGGGUGCUAGUGAUGGUCCGAAGUUGGAAAUCUCUAUAAUACGUCGAUAUUUUGGCACCCCUGGUGAGCUCCAGUAACCCGUAUCAGAAGGAGCCAGAGUCGAGAAUCGCAAAACACUCGGAGCUAGUCACAAUGAGCGGCGAAAGUUCAUUAUACGACAAGGGCAAGGAGGUCCGCAUCGCGGUGCUAGGAGAAGCACAUGUGCAGAGGUCUCUGGCGGCGCGACAAAGCGAGUUCGCCAAACCGUUGCAGGACUUCACCACCGAGUUUUGCUGGGGAAAAGUCUGGGCUCGCCCGGAGCUCGAUCGCAGGUCGAGAAGUCUCGUCAAUCUGGGAUUCAUGAUUGCCUUGCACAGCUGGCAUGAAUUGGCUAUCCACACCAAAGGAGCUAUCCGAAAUGGCGUGACGGAGGUUGAGAUCAGAGAGGUCAUUAUGCAAUCUAUGGUGUAUUGCGGUGUGCCUGCCGGUGUCCAGGCCUUGAAAGUGGCUGAGACGUCGAUCAACGAGAUGAUUGAAAGCGGAGAGCACCAGAGACAGCUGAAGGAGAAGGUGUAAGGGCGGCAGCUAGAAGUAAAUUCUGUCUUUUGCAGAAAAGCA